AUGGAAGAAGACGGUCCACCGCCGGAAUACCCAAAAAUUCCAGCUGAAAAACCGCCGGAAACGAGUAAAAAGUGAGAAACUAUCGAUUUUUUCCGGAUUUCUUCAAUUCUCCCGCAGAAAUCGACGUCGAUCGGCGCUCAGCGAUCAGAUAAUGAGCACAUUUAUGGAUUCGGCGAACGAGGCGACAAUGAGCCCAGUAGAGCCGAAAAUUCGUCCGAAACGAACGGUCCGCAUGAUCCAGGAGGCGCUGCGAGGGCCCAUGAAGCCGGUGCAAGUCGUGCAGAGGGUCAAACCCGUCAGAUACUCGGUCAGUAGAUUCUGCAAAACAUAACCACAAAUGUUGAAGAUUAUUGGAUGUUUAUCCGAUUUUGUGCCGAAGUGUUGCAUUAAAAAAUUGCAGUUCGAUUUGGGCGAGCGUGUAGAGACGAAAUCGUGUCUGAAGCCGUCGACGGCUCCGAUUUUGAUUCGAAAAGGUCCCGUACCGGCGAAUAGGACGAUAACUCAACGAACGGCCCACAAAAUUGUGGCCAAGUACCGAAAGAGCGAGGACGCGAGAGUUCCGGCCGUCAAAACGGACAGGCAGAUCAAGUUUCAUCGGAAUUGCACGAUACGAAUCAUGACUCCGCGUCCCGAAUAUGUUAGUUCAAUUAAACAUAUAGAGCUAAACAAUGCAGAUUGUUUUCUGAUUUCUUAAAGCAAUUUCCAUUAAAUUUGCCAGAUAAGGUUCAAAAACUUGAAUUUCCAUGCUUUCAGAACCCGGACGAUCUGAAAAUGCCGCAUUCGGACGACGAGGAGGACAAGCCGAUGAAUCCGAACCGCGAGCGCCUGAGCACUGUGCAAUUACGUCUGACGCCCACCUCCGAGGCACAAGUACGUAGGAAACGUGAAAGAAACUCUUUCUGUGAACUUUCAGAUUGUUUUUUGCAUUUCAGAAAACACUCAGAUAAUCUUUGACACAGUUAGGCCUAAAAAGCGAAUGUUUUUCAGAUCGACGACCUUCCGAAUCGUCAAAUAGUGCAAUUCAACGCAGAAAUGGUAUUCGGAGACGUGGAAAAUGCUCCGACGGCUCGAGAAUCCACGUCAUCCAAUUCUUCCUCGAAUAUUCCUGAGAAGAAGAAGACGUCGCGCAGGAAAUCGCUGAUCCGUGGAGCCGCGUCGCCUCUGAAGUUCCCGCCGAUGGCUCUGAUCGAAAAACCGAGAUUCGACGACGAGGACGGCGUUGAUGAGGUCCGCAUUCGUUUUUUCUAAAUAUUUGAAGCAUUGUAGUCUGGAGCCUGAAAAUGUCUGAUGAACACGAUAUUUAGAGUUCUUGAGGCCUCUACUUUUGACCCACUUGCAAUAAUCCGAUCGGACCCAAACUUUUCAGGAUUGUGUCCGCUCGCAUCCUUGUGGGGUGGAUCAAAAUCCAGGCCUCGGCAGGCUUUCAAAUAGCCUGGGCCGGCCUUUUGCCCAGGCCUGGAAUUUUCGGGAUUCUAGGCCAUGAAAUAGAAUCCCAGGCCACAGUUUUUUCUUGCAGAUAUCCGAGCCGAAACGCAAAUCGUCGCGUCGUUCGGUGCGCCUGAAUCCGCAUUCGAAAUCGUCGGAAUCCUCAUCGGAAUCGGACAUUUUGGAGGAAAUAAUCGAGGAAAAACGGGCGGUGAUCGAAGAGAUCAAGACGAAAAAUCGACGGAAAAGCGGAUUUGUGGAGGCGGAAAAAGCGGAGAAACCGAAAAAUUCGAAAAGAAAAUCGGGAUUUUUGAUGAUGAAAAACGAUGAAAAAACAGAGGACAAGGGCAAAAUUUCGGCGUUUUUCGCGCCGAAAUCGACGAAUUUGGAAACGGAAAAAUCGAGAGAAAAGAGCCGAAAAAGGCGGUCGACACGAUUUGUGCUCAAAGAUUUGGAGCCAUGCGCUUCGGAAGGCGCCACGACGUCUUCCGAGCCGAUUCCGAAGAUUCCGAAGAGCACGGAGCCCGAUUUGACGGGAAAUGAAGCCCAGAAAGAGCCGGAAGUCGUGGGAACGCCGAAAAGUGUGAAAAUUCCGGCCAUGUUCAUCAAAUCGACGAAAAAAUGCGAAGAAAAGGGGGAGAAAAUUAGUGGAGAGGCUUCGCCGGCUCCCGCCAAGCUUUUCUCGCUAUUUGCGCCGAAACCACCAAAGCCGACACCAGUCAAAAGUUCGGAUAUUGUCGAUUUGACGAAAUCUCCAAAAUGCGCGGAAAAAAAGGGUGCGAUUCGGCUGGAAUCACCGGCGGAAUCGUACGAAUUUUUCACAAAAAUGCCCAUCUUUCCGUCGAUUUUCGCGCCGCAGUGGGAGGAGGAGAAAAACGGGUUGAAAUUGCGAGAAACGCCCGUGGAUUUGAUGAAAAUCGAUGAGAAAUGCGAAUUUCGAAUGAACUUCGACGAGGAAAUCAACCUGAAGUCGGCGUUUUCGACAGAGAACGCGCCCGAAUCGAUGCGGAAAAUGGAGAAUUUGGACGGGAAUUGUGCGUUGAGCGUGCGGCCGUCGCGGAUGGAAUCGCUGAAUGCGGGCGCGGAGAGCGGCGAGCAAAUUGUACGAUGGCUGCGGAAAUGGAAACGAAAGGUGCGGAAAGAGGCCGAGAAAGAGGCGAAGAAGGAGCGGAAGGGCAAGAAGAAGAAGAAGAAGAAAGAGGAGGAGGACGAGGAUGAGGAGGAGGAUGAGGAGUAUCAGGUCGGCGACGGCGACGAACUGCUCGAGAACCCACUCGUACUCAUCGGACCCACCGGAGUCGGCAAAACUGCACUCGUACGCCUGUUCUGGGGUUUUUUGGGAUUGAUAAACGUAUACUUUUGCAGAUCCGUGCGUUGGCGAAGCAAGAAAACAUGCGGAUUCUGUGCACAGGACCCGAAUCGGAUCGUUCCGGUCUCAAAUUGAAGCAAAAGUUGGAGGAGGCCACAAUUUCGCAUCGGGUGGACCAGCAAUCGCACCGGACUCUGCAGUUCUUUCAAAAAACGCGGCCGCCGACGGAAUACCGCCUGAAAUCGGAGGAGCCGAAGGAAUCCACGCAGACGCUGGUCGUUUUCGAGCACGUCGACGUCUUCUUCGACGGACUCGACCGGAACUCCCGCGGAGCACUGCUCGAACUCGUCAACGACGCCGUCGUUCCGAUCGUUUUCACGUGCGAGAGGGAGUGGACACGCAGGACAGGUGGUGUGGAGCUGCGGAGACCGCCCCUCGAGGUCUGGUUGGACAGGAAACGGCACGAGACACAACAGUAUGUACAGGUAACUUUUAGCGAUUUUCUAGAGUUUACGGCAUUUUUAAUAUAUUUUUUUUGUUGCAGAACCUGAUCUACUCGUGCCGCGGCGUCUACAUCGACGAUCCGACAAUGUCGCAGCUCGCCGAGUCGGUCUCGCACGAUCUGAACGCCCUCAUCCAACAGUCGCACUUUUAUUCACUCGAUCCCACCCGUCCCCUCCCGCUCACCUCCCGCCACCUCGUUCCCAGCGGAUUCGACGUCGAAUGGGAGCCGAAGAACGGAAAACGGACGGAAAUUUCGGGUUUGUCGAAGAUCGAGUCGAUUCUCGACGAUUACGCGGAAUUUCUGCCGGACGGACACGUGGAUUUGCGAGAGAUCGAAGGAAUCGAACGGAUUUGGGACGCGGAGAAGCGAAAGGCGGCUGAUGCGGAACGGAGCCGCGCGGAAGACGUCCGCGCCGCCCACGAAGCACUCGGCGGCCGGUUUUCGCGGCGAGACCUUGUUUUGGACGUGCUGCCGAUGCUGCGGCCGAUGGAUCGCGUGGAGACGGCAAAAAUCGCACGGAAUCGACGACAUUUGCACCAUUUCAAAGAGCAUUCGGAGAUGGCCACCGACGGAGACACACUUGUGGACGUCGUCAGACGAUGGAAAUAA